GCUGCCCGGCCCGGCUCUGACGGGCGGCGGCGGCGGCUUCUCCUUCCCCUCAGCGCUCCCUCCUCGGUCCGGGGAGCGACUGGGCGGGUUGUCCCGAUGCGGAAAACAGGCAGCAGCCAUGCAACCGCCGCCGCAGCCCUACGAGUUCUUCGGUGAGGAGAACGGCCCGAAAUGGCGGGGGCUGUUCGUGCCCGCCCUGCGCAAGGUUCAGCAACAGGUUCACCCCAACCUGUCAGCAAAGGAAGAUUCCCUCUACUACAUUGAGGAGUUGAUACUUCAGCUGCUGAACAAGCUAUGCAUCGCCCAGCCACGCACAGUCCAAGAUGUAGAGGAGCGUGUUCAGAAGACAUUUCCCCAUCCCAUAGACAAAUGGGCCAUUGCUGAUGCACAGUCUGCCAUAGAGAAACGGAAAAGAAGAAACCCACUCCUGCUGCCUGUGGACAAAAUACACCCCUUAUUAAAGGAGGUCCUAGGUUAUAAAGUAGAUUACCAUGUCUCUCUGUAUAUUGUGGCUGUCUUAGAAUACAUCUCAGCUGAUAUUUUAAAGCUGGCUGGAAACUACGUUUUCAAUAUACGACACUUUGAGAUCUCCCAGCAGGACAUUAAAGUAUCCAUGUGUGCUGAUAAGGUUCUGAUGGAUAUGUUUGAUCAGGAUGACAUUGGCUUGGUUUCUCUCUGUGAAGACGAACCUUCUUCUUCUGGGGAGCUCAAUUAUUAUGACCUAGUGAGAAAUGAAAUUGCAGAAGAAAGGCAAUAUCUCCGGGAGCUGAAUCUGAUCAUAAAAGUAUUUCGGGAAGCUUUCCUCUCUAACAGAAAGUUGUUCACACCUAAUGACAUUGAUGUGGUGUUCAGCAACAUUUCAGAUAUUCAUGAGUUGACAGUGAAGCUUUUGGGAUUGAUUGAGGAUACUGUUGAAAUGACUGAUGAGAGCAGUCCUCAUCCUCUGGCUGGCAGCUGCUUUGAGGAUCUUGCUGAGGAACAAGCCUUUGAUCCAUAUGAAACCUUGUCCCAGGAUAUUCUCUCUCCACAAUUUCAUGAGCAUUUUAAUAACUUAAUGGCAAAACCUGCUGUUGCUCUUCACUUCCAGUCUACUGCUGAAGGCUUUAAAGAAGCUGUACGAUACGUCCUCCCACGGCUCAUGCUUAUCCCAGUCUAUCAUUGUUUGCACUACUUUGAGUUACUGCAGCAACUGCAGGAAUGCAGUGAAGAUGAGGAGGAUCGGGAGUGCUUAAAGCAAGCCAUUACUGCUCUUCUGAAUCUCCAGUGCAGCAUGGAGCGCAUCUACAGCAAACACUCCCCAAGACGCCGGCCUGGGGAGCCAGUCUGUCGCUUCUACAACCGGCAAAUAAGAAGCAAGCACUUGGCCAUCAAGAAAAUGAACGAAAUCCAGAAGAAUAUUGAUGGCUGGGAAGGCAAAGAUAUUGGGCAGUGCUGCAAUGAAUUCAUAAUGGAAGGCACCUUGACAAAAAUAGGAGCUAAACACGAACGGCACAUCUUUCUCUUUGAUGGCUUAAUGAUCAGCUGUAAAACUAACCAUGGCCAGUCGCGGCUCCCCGGUUACAGCAACGCGGAGUACAGACUGAAGGAAAAGAUAAUCAUGAGAAAAAUACAGAUCAUUGAUAAAGAUGACACAUCUGAAUACAAACAUGCUUUUGAACUGGUGUCUAAAGAUGAAAACAGUAUACUCUUCGCUGCCAAGUCUGCUGAAGAGAAGAGUAAUUGGAUGGCUGCUCUGAUUUCCCUCCAGUAUCGGAGUACUCUGGAUAGGAUGCUCGACUCAGUGUUGCUGCAGGAGGAAAAUGAGCAGCCACUGAGGUUGCCCAGCCCAAGCGUGUACCGCUUUGUCGUAGAAGAUUCUGAGGAUAACAUUGUUUUUGAGGACAACUUGCAAAGCAGGAAUGGAAUUCCCAUCAUCAAAGGAGGAACGGUUGUGAAAUUAAUCGAGAGGCUAACGUACCAUAUGUAUGCAGAUCCCAAUUUUGUACGUACUUUCCUUACCACAUACCGCUCCUUUUGCAAGCCCCAGGAACUGCUGAGUUUACUGAUUGAAAGGUUUGAAAUCCCAGAGCCUGAGCCUACUGAAGCAGACAGGCUGGCAAUUGAGAAAGGGGAGCAGCCCAUCAGUGCAGACCUGAAGCGAUUUCGCAAGGAAUACGUCCAGCCAGUGCAACUCAGAAUAUUAAAUGUUUUUCGGCACUGGGUGGAACACCAUUUUUAUGAUUUUGAAAGAGAUCUGGAGUUACUGGAGAGAUUGGAGACGUUUAUUUCAAGUGUAAGAGGAAAAUCCAUGAAGAAGUGGGUGGAAUCGAUUGCUAAAAUCAUCAGGAGAAAGAAAGCACAGGCAAAUGGGAUCAGUCACAACAUCACCUUUGAGAGUCCACCUCCCCCCAUCGAGUGGCACAUCUGGCGUGUGGGGCACAGCGAGAUGCUGGACCUCAUGACUCUGCAUCCCAUCGAAAUCGCUCGGCAGCUGACGCUGCUCGAGUCUGACCUGUACAGGGCAGUGCAGCCUUCUGAACUCGUCGGUAGCGUUUGGACUAAAGAAGAUAAGGAAAUUAACUCCCCAAACCUAUUGAAAAUGAUUCGCCAUACUACAAACCUUACUCUGUGGUUUGAAAAGUGCAUAGUGGAAACUGAGAACUUUGAAGAGCGAGUGGCUGUGCUGAGCAGGAUUAUAGAAAUCCUGCAAGUGUUUCAAGAUCUGAACAAUUUCAAUGGUGUUUUGGAGAUAGUCAGUGCAAUGAACUCUGUGUCGGUCUACAGGCUGGAUCACACAUUCGAGGCACUACAGGAAAGGAAAAAGAGAGUUUUGGAUGAGGCAGUAGAACUAAGUCAAGAUCACUUCAAAAAAUACCUAGCUAAACUCAAGUCAAUCAAUCCACCCUGCGUGCCUUUCUUUGGAAUAUACCUAACAAAUAUUCUGAAGACAGAAGAAGGGAAUCCUGACUUCCUUAAGAGACAAGGGAAAGAAUUAAUUAAUUUCAGUAAGAGGAGAAAAGUGGCUGAAAUUACAGGAGAAAUUCAGCAGUAUCAAAACCAGCCUUACUGUUUACGGAUAGAGCCAGAAAUUCGGAAAUUCUUUGAAAAUCUCAAUCCUAUGGGGAAGAUACCUGAAAAAGAGUUUACAGAUUAUCUGUUCAACAAGUCGUUAGAAAUUGAACCUCGAAACUGCAAGCAACCUCCUAGAUUUGUAAGUCUUGUGCUGUACAUUGCAUAGCUGGAAUUCACCAGGCUCUGUGAGAAAAGAGAGCUUUUAUAACCCAUAAAUACUGAUAUAAGCCAUAUCAGUUCCUUCUGGAAUUCUGUGGUGGAUAAUGAGGUGGAUCUCCAGCAAAACUUGAGUGUUCUUCUAAAUCUGGGUGUUUCUUGUUACUGAAAGAUACUGCUUCUAGCUUAUCUCAGAGCAAACAUUUCUUUUUCCCCCAGCUAAAAAUACCACUUUACACCUGAGUAUCUUACCUUCCAGUCAUGUGAUGGAAUGCACAAUAACAUUUCUCAGUAACCUCAU